UCGUUGUCAAUCCCCUGGUUCCUGGACUGUUGGAGCUUGGAACUAAUAAGUUGGGACAAAUUGGGACCAUCCCCCGGUUCCAGGACUGUUGGAGCUUGGAACUAAGUUGGGACAACUUGGGACCAUGACUUGCGCAGUGCUGCCUCGGUUCCUGCACUCCUACUUCUAUGGUCUGUUAUGGGAAAGUGCUCAGGUCUGGAAAAUGAAGCAUUUGCCGCUGUGGGACCGGUUUUGCUUCGUGUUCUUGAAGAUCGUAGCGGUCACGGGCUUCUUCGUCGGCCGAGCCGUCCCGCGGAUGCCCCGCCGUCGAUCUCACGUCAGUUCUGAUGUGGCACUCUCUGGUUCCGACAGAUCGGGCAGUCGUUGCAACUGGGAGUCUUCUGCCGUUGAUGUGUUGAUCGAGUGCCCGCCUCAAGAAUGCAGCACUCACUGCCGGUCAGUGCACGCCGGCCAUGAAGAAUACGGUCACCGUGAUGCUGCCUCAACCCUGGCGCUGCCGGUCAGCAAGGCGAACCACCAGUCUGCGAUCGGGAACCCGUUUCCGCCAGCGGUUUUAGCAACUGCAGCAAGCGCGGCAGGAGCAGUGGCUCGCACACGCCCAGCAGCGGCAGCGGAACAGGUUUCAAGUGCCAAGGCCCACCUGUGCCAGGCUCAGGCCAUGGACCGGAAUGUGGACCUGGUCCAGAAGGGACUCUCACUGGCCAGGUUCGAUGAAGAUGUGGACCGGAAUGUGGCCAGGUUCGAUGAAGACGUGCAUGCAGCCCAUCAUCCCCGUGACACUAAGGACUUCAGCGGAGAUGUUCUGGGAGACGACCCUAUCGCAGUGGUGGUUUGCCCGGUGUACGCGUCGAAGCCGUCGGAUUCCUCCAUGAUCUGGCGGCUGAUUGCCAGCGUGCUGAAGCAGGACCACUCACCGCAGCACGUCGUGCUUGUGGACGACCGGUCGCCAUAUCCCUGGUACGAGGACCAACUGCCAACCCACGCGAGAUCGUGGCGUUGGAUGGGCCGUCUUCCCUAUCAGCAGCAGCAGCAGAGGCUCGGACGAAGUGCCGGCGGGAGAACGGACCUGCUGACCACCCACGCGCCGAGCCGUAUGCCUCCAUCGCAGCUGCACAAUGGUGAGUCACGGCCAAGGCUGCCUGCCGCGGGAGGGCUUUGUGUGAACGCCGGUGUGCAGGUUAAGGGAGAGGGAGGCGUGGUAGGGCACGCCGCGGGGAAGGGGGGGGAAGCUGGCGGUGUCUCUUACUCUUGGUGCGGAGAACUGCUGCCGGGCGUCAGUUUGGUUAAGCUGGCGCGGAACUGCGGGCCGGCGACUGCCCGCAACUGCGGUCUGAACCUGGCCACGACUCACCUGGCCGCUCAGAUCGUUUGCUUCAUCGACUCCGACUGUGUAGCACACGAGAGUUGGGUCAGCGCCAUGGUUAAAGGACAUAGAAUGGAGGAGGAACGGCGGGCCUUCAGCAAAACGAGCUACCAUUACGGCAUUCUGUCCGGCAACACGAAGGCUCUGGGGUCGGGAAAGAUCGACCACUGGCAUAACCAGUUCGGCACGCUCAACGGUCGCAUACGGCUAGACGGGCGAGGCUUGCUCUACGCUCCCACCUGCAACUUCUCCCUGCGCGUCUCUCGUCAGUUGCUUUGCGAGGUCAAAGGCUUUGACGAGCGCUUCCCUGAUGCCGCCUUCGAAGACGUCGAUUACUGCCUUCGAGCAGAGCAACAUGGAAUCCGGACCGUCUAUGUACCGGAUGCCAUCGUCUUCCACGAUUUCCACCAAACUCCUCUUGGUUUGUACAGGAUGUUCCGCAGUUACGCCCAAGAGAAGUGGAUGAGGAUGGUGGAAGCGACGGAGCCGAGCGAUCAGGGUUUAGUUAGACCGAUCUCCUUCAGUAGCCUCCUGGACGGCUUCCUUGUGUUGGACGCGGAGAAAGGAACGCUGUCUAGGCCAGAGGAUGCCGGUAUAUUCCAAGGAUGGAAUCCUUCGGACGUUAGAAGGAGGAAGGCGUUGAUGGGAUGGGUAGGUAGAACCAGGCGCGAUGCGUUACUUGCGAAUUAUUUAGGAACUCGAAGCUUCUGCUACUUGGAAGAGGAGAAACCUAUCUGGAUAGUGGGGAAGAGUCACUGGCGGAGGGCGAGGGAUAAUUGGUUAUUAGGCCACAUCCUUUGCUUCUCUACCCGCUCGAAACUAAAUGGGAAAAUGAUAGGAAAUCUCGAUUCGACGGAGUUGCAGGAACUUCUGGAGAAGGAUAGGGAGACGAGGAGGAAGAGCCUUGGCGAAAGACGCCGAGGCUUCAUGGCUUUGGGAAUACUGCUAAUCAUCUCUCCGUCGGAAGAGGCGGAGGGAUCGAUUAGGCACCUUCGGGAGGUGGGGAUGGGUGGCGAGGGUGCGGAGAGCCUCAAAGAGACGGUAAUCAAAGGAGCACUUCAUGAGCAGGGGAGGAGCGCUGRUCUGGUAACCUGUUAUUGUUGCGGACCGGAGGUGUGGAUUUCGGCUAUGGCGGCAAGGAGGGCGGGAAAGGGGGAGGAAUUCGACAAGGAAGGAAAUGGACGAUGGUUCCUCAGAUUAGGAGUAGGAGACGAUUCGAAGCGGGGAACUCUCAAGCCUGGGCCGGUGGAUAUCGACGAGAUGGACUUCUCUGCAGGAGAAGAAGAACCUGAAGGAAGCGAGGGAGAAAAUGAAGAGGAAGUGGGGCGCUACUUAGAAGUGUAACUGACUAGUUCGGGAACCAAGGCCGGGGUCAGUUCAAGAAGGGAGUGGGGACGUUUCAUAAUCUUAGUCGAAUUUAAGUAAAUUCGGGUAGUUGAUCACUUCGUUGUUUCGGCUGACGGAUCGUAUUUGAAUCUGAAACACGGCCCUAAAUGGUUUUUCUUCCCGACCUUAGUCUGGAACCAUGAAUUGCCUUGAACAUCUAGGAGUCAAAACCUGGGAAGAACGAUGGACUCGAUCUAAUUAGUCAUUCGGAAGGCGUGUUGGGGCAAAUGAGUUGAAAUUCAGUGCUUUGAUAAAUUCCGGGCUUGGUC